AUGCCUGCCAAAUACCUCUCGAAGUUGCACGACAAAUCCGUCGUCGUCGUUGGCGGCUCAUCGGGGAUCGGCUACGGGAUCGCCGAAGCCUGUCUGGAGUUCGGGGCCAAGGUCGUCAUCGCGUCGCGCUCCGCAGACAAGGUCGCCGCCGCAGUGGAGAGCCUCAAGGCCUCGUACCCGGAGCACGCGGCGAACAUCCGCGGUCACCCCGCAAACCUGAACACGGCCGAGACGGACGUCGAGAAACAACUCGUCACCCUCUUUGACUUCGCCACGGACAACGGCGCCAGGAAGGUCGAUCACGUCGUCGAAACCGCUGGGGACCUCGAGCUGGCGGGGAAGUUGGGCCUCGACAACAUCACGCCUGAGCUGAUGGCCCAGGCGAGCUCUGUGCGGGUGGUCGGCGUCAUCAUGCUCGCCAAGGUCGCAAACAGGUAUCUGAACAAGGCACCCACGAGCUCCUUCACCAUGACCAGCGGUGCCCUCAUAUAUAAGCCGCGCCCCGGAUUCGGCCCAUUCAUCGGCGCCAGUGGGGGUAAAGAAGCCCUGUCGCGCGGGCUGGCUUUGGACAUGGCGCCCGUCCGCGUCAAUCUCGUGAGUCCCGGCGCGAUCGAGACCGAAUUGUUGUACUCCGCGGUCCCGCAGGGGAUGACGAGGGAGAGUAUCGCAGAGAUGUACAAGAAGACAAAUUUGCUAGGAAAGAUUGGCACUGUUGAGGAUGUGGUCGAGUGUUAUUUGAGUCUGAUGAAGAACGGGUUUCAGACCGGGACGGUGGUGCAUUCUGAGGGCGGGUACUUUCUGAUCUAG